AUGGAAAUUUCCUCUGAGAAUAUCUCAGAACCCGUUAUGCCGACGGCGACCCCUCAGUCGCCGUCCAACCAAGAAUUGCCCGAAAGAAGUUCGAAGAAAACAAAAAGAAGAAGAUCGGAGCUGGGGACUACAUCUCCAAUCGGUUCAGUAAGUCAAGUCCAAGAUACUCCGGCGGAGAAUGAACUUUUGUCACCGGCCUCUGCCCAGUGGAAGACCCCAGAUGCAACCCCGAAUCAAGCUUGGGGCCGGAAGGAUUUCAACAGCACCGCUUACAGGGACGUCGAUUCAGACGAGGAGUCAAUGGAUGAGGAGGCCUUGGACCCAUGCAAUCCGGUAAUACCCAUCACGGAGGAGGAAAAGGAGAGAAUUCGAAGACCUUGGCGUAAAUCGCUAAUCUGUAAGGUUCUUGGCCGGAAAGUAAGCUAUUUUUACCUACUACAGAGACUCCAAAGGAUGUGGAAACCAGAGUCUGUCUUCGAGCUAAUUGCGCUAGAUCAGGACUACUUCAUCGCUAAGUUUGAAUCGCUCAGGGACUACGAAUUUGCCAAAUAUGAAGGGCCGUGGGUAAUUCUGGACCACUACCUGGUUGUUCAAGAAUGGGAACCUAAUUUUGACCCCUCGUGCAACAAAACCAAGAAAUUACUGGUUUGGGUAAGGUUCCCUACUUUGCCUGUUGAAUACUUCGAAGGGAAAUUCGUGAGGAAAAUAUCAAGAAGAGUGGGGCGGCCGGUUAGGGUCGACUUCACUACUAGCUUAAUCUCAAAAGGCAUGUUUGCCAGGGUAUGUGUUGAAAUUGAUAUCUCCAAACCACUGCUAUCAAAGUUCACGCUUGAGGAGAAGGUUUGGCCGAUUGAAUAUGAAGGGAUUCAUUUGAUAUGCUUUUCUUGCGGCUUAUACGGCCACAGAUAG